CAGUGGGAUGAAAACUAGCCGAACACCGUACUUUAUCUGAAUUUAUGAGAGGUUAUAGUUCACAUUGGCAACUCAAUAGGUUGGAGGUCAUGCAAAUGGCGGAAUGAUGUCGAUCCUUUGGAAUAUUUUGGUGUUUUUGGCUAUUAUUCUAUCAGUUUUUGGUAAUCCUAUUUCUCAGAAUGGCAGUCAAGAGUUUACAUGUGUGUGUGAUCCCCCAGAUUGUGGCCCAGCCAACAAUGAUAAAUUCUGCAGGACUCCAGGCAAAUGUUUUGUUCACAAACAGAAAGUGAAUGGAGACUACUUGAUUGUCAGAAAUUGUUUUGGCUCUGUGGAGCAUUCCAAUCUGAACUGUUACUCCAAUGUUGAGUCAUCAUCUUUUAAGUGUUGUCAGGGUCAUUACUGUAACAAGGAGUUAACAGUAGACCCUAUGCCAGCAACAGUUGUUGAAAAUGAUGAUAUGAGUUUUGUAUUGAAACUGGUGAUUGGAGGCAGUGCUGUGUUUCUUGCUUGUGUUGUGUUUUUCCUCCUUGUCAUAUUUGUAAGACACUUCUGGUACAAACAUAGGGCUGAGAGUUUGCUGGCCAAUGCUGAAGCAAGACUCCUAGAAGAUGACUGCAUGUACAAAGGAGGUCAAGAUGGUCUCAAACAGGACCAAUGGUCAACUGGAAGUGGCUCUGGUCAACCUAUACUUGUACGCAGAACUGUUGGUAAACAAGUUACUUUGUUUGAAAAGAUUGGUAAAGGAAGAUUUGGUGAAGUAUGGCGAGGGAAAUGGCUGGAUGAAGAUGUAGCAGUGAAAACAUUUUCUUCCAUUGAUGAGACCAGCUGGAACCAUGAGACAGAGAUCUACAACACAGGAAUGCUACGCCAUGAGAACAUCUUGGGCUACUAUGCUUCAGAUACUGUAGGAAUACUCUCAUGUACACAGAACUGGUUAAUUGUUCAUUAUCAUCAUAAUGGUUCUUUGUAUGAUUACUUGCAGCGUAGUGACAUUGACAUGGAGGAAAUGUUGACCUUGGCUCACUCGGCAGCUGCUGGACUGGCCCACCUCCAUAAUGAGAUAAAGGAAGGAACAGGAAAGCAUGAGAAACCAGCCAUAGCCCACAGGGAUAUCAAAUCUAAGAAUAUUUUAGUGAAAGAUAAUGGACAAUGCUGUCUUGGUGAUCUAGGUCAUGCUGUUCGCAAUGACAAAAUGGACACUGAUGUAGAUCUCACUAAACUGCGUGUUGGCACCAAGAGAUAUAUGGCCCCAGAAGUACUGACUGAAUCUUUAAAUCCAGCCUACUUUGAAUCUUUUAAAAGUGCAGAUGUUUAUUCCUUUGGUUUAGUUCUAUGGGAAAUAGCAAGAAGAGCAAGACCAUUUGCUGAAGAGUACAGAGUCCCCUACUGGGAUGUGGUACCAGCUGAUCCUGGCUUUGAGGAUAUGAUACGUGUAGUAGCAGAAGAACAACAGCGGCCCCCCAUUCCCAACAAAUGGUCUAAAGAACCUCUUAUGUGUGAAAUGACAAAAAUUAUUUGUGAGUGCUGGGCACAAAAUCCGAGAUCUCGUCUGACAAUUCUUCGUGUCAAGAAAAAUUUGUUUAACAUGCUGAAACUAAUAACAGGUGACAGAGCUGAGAAAACAGAAAAACUCUGUCCCAAAAUUGUUGACACUAGUAGUGGCAGUAGUUCAGGGAAUAGUUCUGGGAACUUCAGUGCCAGGUCAUGAAGUGUUUUCUGUGCCAUUACUUCUAUGCUGUGAGAAGCAGACACUUUGACAUGAAUGCUGAUGUUACUUGUUCAUUUGUGCAACAUUCAAAAGUUAUUUCCAUCAGAUGUGUAGUAGCCUCACUUCAAGGGAGAUUACUUGUGCUUCUUUUGACAUAUCCAUAACCAAGGAACUGUCAGUAAAAGAAUGUUGUUUUAUGAUUAUCAAAAAGUCAUCAAAAAUAUUGAAACUAAAUAUCAAAAUGACUGUAAUUAUUUGUAUAUUUGUGCUGGUUAUUCAUUGAAUUAUGAGUCUUUAUGUCAAUAUAUGGCAUCUUUUUAUGUCAUUUUGUUUGAAUCUCAAUGUCUCAACACUCUCAAUAGUUUUCAUUUUACAAGUUUGAACUUCAGUUAUGAGGGCCAGUCAAGAUUUGUGCAAGUUUUUUGCAGUAAUGUUUUAGUAACGAAGCUGAAGUAGAGUUACAACUUCUUUAAAAGUGACUAUUUUUCUAAAUUGAACAUAUAUCAAUUUGGAGUUGAAAUUAGGAUUGGUCAUGUUUGUUUUAAAUACAAAUUAGUAUGGGGUACCAUAUUUGAAAUGUAGUCAGAAGUAAAUGAGAAAUUGUACAACAGCAAGUUGGUGUUUUUUUUAAUGAACCAGUUCAAGUGUCACUCCAUUCUUUCAAAAUGUGAAAGGAAAUAAAUAAAAAAACAACAUAUAAAUGAUGUCAUUGAAAAAUUUUAUGUCAUUUUUUAAGACCCUGAGAAACUGCUGCAAAUAUAUGAGUUCAUUACUUUUAAAUGACCUGUAAGAGUUCAUUACUUUUAAAUGACUUAAAAGAGUUCAGUAAGAGUUCAUUACUUUUAAAUUAGUAGUGUCAGCUUGACAAACACUAAGUUCUCCUUCAACAACAUGUACUUAGUGACCGAUGUGGCUGGCUCACACUGCUGGGACUUGUGCAGAGACCAUUCGUUAUUGAAGACCUCAACACUGACCUUGUUGCUACGUUGUAUAGACCUGUGAUGUGACAUUGAGCUGUUGGUCUAAACUGCCCACAGGUUGUGACAUUGCAGGUCAGUAUUCAGGCCUUCUAUAAUGAAUGGUCUCACUUGUGCUGAGCAAAGUUUUGGUUCAGUUUUCAAAUUUUUUAAAGUCAAUGUAUAGGUCAGUGGUUUUGUAUGUAUUUUAUUUAUCUGCAGACAAAAAUGUUACAGAAUUAUUUUUUUAUUACUGAUCUGAAGUUGUGUAUCUGUGAUGAGGUUAGUAAUGUGUAGGGUUUUAUUUAGUCUGUACAUAAUGUUAUAAAUUAUUUGGAGUGAAUGAAUUGGAAUGAACAUUGACCUUUUU